AUGCGGCGAUCACGCCGUUCCAGCAGCGGUGCUUCCACCAAAGCUGCUGCCCCCAUACCGGAAGCUGUUUCCUUGAUACACUCGUUUGACUCGGCUUUGAAUCCGAACCGGCCUGCCCGUCCAUCGCCAUUGGCGUCGUCGCAGAUCCAGGGCAUGCCAUUGGACCUGAUCGAGCGCAUUCGCAAAUUCCCUCUAUUUCAGUCAACUCCAGACUCUUUCCUCGCCGAAGUGGGCUUGCAUUUGCGCCCGCAGCUUCAUGCGGCUAACGACUACAUUGUGACCGAGGGCGAUGAGGCGAAAGCGAUGUACUGGCUUGUGAGAGGUGCUGUGGCAGUGACAUCCCGCGAUGGAGAGAGUGUGCAUGCAGAAUUGAAGCCCGGAGCCUUUUUCGGCGAAAUUGGUGUUCUGAUGGACCGACCUCGUACGGCAACGAUCAUUGCACGGAGUCGCUGUCUGCUCGUCGUUCUCACUAAGGAAGAUUUUCGAAAAAUCCUUCCCCGGUUCCCUGAAGUCGAACGUGCCAUUCGUGAAGAAGCGUUGGAACGAUUAUCCAUACUGGAAAAGAAGAACAAAGAGCGUUAUGAUGCGGCAGAACAGACCGCGGGCAUGAAUAGACGGGGUUCGAAGCGUUUGCGCGAAAGUAACUCUGGCGGACUCUCUCCAGGAGAGGAAAAUGAUUUGAGAAUUUUGAACGCGAACAAGAAACGGAAGUCGCCAAGUCCGGGUAUCGCCGACAUAUCUUCAAGCGCUCUUGCAAAUGGAUCCGUCAAUGUGCGUUCGUUGUUGAAGGAGAUGCCUCUCUUCUCCAGUCUCACUCCCGACCUCCUUCACUACCUGGGUCUGAAAUUACAGCCCCGAUCCUAUCCUCCUUUUACCGAUAUCAUAAAACAAGAUUCUCUCGGACGCGAAAUAUACUUCAUUGUUAGAGGCGAGGUAGAAGUUCUCAACGAGAACAGAGACUCGGACUUUCGCAGAGGCCCAGAAAACCACGGCCAUGGCGUCGAGGUUAAGGCUCGACUUCGACAGGGCCAAUACUUUGGGGAAAUUGUUAGCUUGUCAUUGACGCCUCGUCGCACUGCUACCGUGAGAUCCGUAACGUCUGUAGAAUGUCUAAUGCUCAGCGGGGAUGUGCUGGCAGAGUUCUGGCAGAAAUGUCCGGAUGAAUUACGACAGCAGAUUGAAGUCACAGCGAAGAAGCGACUUGAAUCAACUACAGAUACCGAUGUCUUGAUGCCGGAUGCAAAAGACCCGACGCCACCAAUUAACCAGCUAACCAUAGACGACAAGCUCAAAGUCACCAGCCUUCGAAGGAAAUCAAUGCCUUUGGUGACAUUGACCGAGUCCGAAUUAGAUAAUACACAUCAGACGAACGGAGAGCAGGAAAUGCCUGUUUUGAGUCCAUCGGAUCCUGAUCCUUUUCUCAAUAUCGGACUUGACAAUGUCAAGCUCAAAUCGCGCCGAGGCUCUGUGGGAAUCAUUGUUCCUAGAGAUACUUCCAGCGCAGAGAGUUCCCGUCAGACGACGCCAACUGAACCUCGACCUGGCAGCUCCUUUAAAGCUAUGUCCCAAACGAACGGUACACCUACAAGACCACGUUCUACGAGCUUAUUGUAUCAGAACCAGCAGGGGAAUCGUGGGUUCUUACCAGAUAGCGAAUCAUCUGUCAUUAGUAUUGACAGAAGUGACGGUGAGAGUCAAGAUACUAAUCAAGAUGCCCCUUAUGAACUGGAUUCAGAGUAUGCGGUGCCCCUGGGACAUAACCUAGCCCCCGUAGCCGCCGAUACGAAUAAAGGCAAGCAACGAGCACGAAAUAGCGGGGGUGCUAAAGAUGGUGACGAAGACGCCGAGAUGCUUGAUAUAUUUGGGCAAGAAGGUGGGAAUGAACAAGCAGUAACAUUACAGCAAGAAAUAAACGAAUGGGCUCGUGUCCAGCUCGAGAAGAUAGAUGCGGACAUUGAGGCGACCAACAGAAGAAUCGCAGAUCUGGGCGAGAGGAAGGCAAAGGCCGAAGCACGCGCUGCGGAUAGUAGAACGAGAUUCAGACUAGGGUAUGCAGGGAAGAAAAUGGGCGCGUAUCAACUCGAGAAGAUUCGCAAAACCCAGACGGACGCCGAGGCAACAGUCAGGAAGACGAGCGAUGACCUGCUUAGGGUGCAAGGAAAGCUCACAAGACUCGAAGAGCUACGCGAUAAUGUUGAAUUCGAUACGGUGCGCAAAUUCACCGAGGCGAAAGAGAAAUAUCGUCCUCGGAAGCCCCGAAAGUUGGGCAAUCGUCAUUAUCCUCCUGAGCACAACCUGGACUCGGGUGAUGAUUCGCUUUCCGACGCAAUACGGGUUAAUGAUGAGAAAGAAAGAGUAGAGAGAGAAAAGAAAGGAUUAUCCACGAACGCGAAGGCUCCUCGUGCUUGUCGGCGUUGUCAACGAUGCCGUUACAAAGAGAACUUUUCCGGCGACAAACAGAUCCGCCCAUGGCUCAUUCAUGACAAGUUGGAUGAAAUUGCUGCCCUCAAAGCUGAACUUGCAAAGUACCAAGAAAAGUCUACAGUCUCAGUUGGUACAGAGAAUCCGCUGUCUGGCAUUACGGGCUAUGGACCACCGACACAGAAAUUGGCUCGUCAGAAUUGGGCUCUUAUGGUCCGCGGACACCCUCCUAGACCACCGUUGCCUUCGCCUACAGCAGGUGAUGAUUCGAUUUCGACAGUGAAGCGGAAAUCACCUGCCGAAUCAAAUGAUGCCGAGCCCUCGCAGCCAGCCAAACGUCAGCGACAGACGGGGUCCAGUCCUUCAAAACAAUACUCCUUCCAAAAUGAAACCGCAGAGACGUUAGCCGGGCCUUCCAAACGCGGUAGAAAGCUAGGCCAGACAUGCUCGACUAGAACCACCAGGCCAAUUAAGCAACAAAUACUCUCCGCAAUACAAGAGGAACAGAACCAGCCGAGCGACCCCUCAGCAUACCCGUUCACGUUUAGAUACCCCCCUGAAGAUUCCACUAAUCCAACCCAACCAUCCGCCGCGGAUCAACUCCAGACCAAUGUCGUCAGCGUCAGCAACCCAAAACUCUGGUGGGCGCAAACGAUCUCAGACCGCGGGGGACAGUUACCUGCCAACAUACUUUACAUGCCUGACUGGCCUCGAUGGGCUAGCCGGAUGAAUGAGAAGCAAGAACUAUGGUUCAAUGCCUUAUAUUCCGCUGGGAUUCAGAUUCCGAUUGUUCAAGGGAAGAGUAUCGAGGAUGAUGGAGGCGUGGAGCCUAUCUGGCCUAGUUGGACUAGAGUGGAGGAGGAAUUGAAUGAGACCCAGAAGGAUCACUUGAUGAGGGCUAGUCGAGGGGAUUUUGAGAUCCGUGAAUUUCACGAUCAGGAGGGUAUUGCGCAAGGGACGGUGGAUUGGCAGUCUGCUGACGCUCAAGUCCAGUCUCGCCGCCAGUCUCCAGCCCAGUAG